AUGCUGGCCCUACGAUCAUGUCGUGCUUCUAGCAAACUGGCAAGAAGCACAUGUCAACGAUCUUCUUCAUCGUAUAGGACAGUCAAGGAGUUUGACGUCGUCUUCCUGCGCCAGCAGGGCGUCAAGUUUCCCAAGUGGCACCUCACGGCGCCCAUCCGGCGCGACAGCCGCGUCCGGCUCUCCUACGGCGCGUCCGUCGCGGCGUCCGACCUGCUCGGCAAGCAGAUCCUGGAGCGGACCGUCGACGACAAGGGCAACGCCGUCGCGAUCCACGAGCCGACUCUGGCGAGCUACAUUGUCAACAGCGACAGAGCAGCGACGCCGAUAUAUCCCAGUGAUGCCGAGACCAUCGUGUCGCUGCUGGACCUCAACCUGACUCGCCCCGGCGAAGAAGCCGACGAGGACGACGACGGCGCCCCCUUUGAAGUCUUCGAGGCCGGCACCGGCAUGGGCAGCCUGAGCCUGCACAUUGCGCGCGCCCUGCACGCCGCCAACCCGCCCGUGCCCGCCGCGCUGCGCCACCUCCUCCGCAGCAGCCCCCUGGCGCGCAGCGUCGCCGCCUCGGGCGGCGUGCUCGAGCUCUCGGCCGGCGACGCCGCGCUGCUGUCCGCGUACAGGUCCUCGCGGCGCGCCGUGCUGCAGACGCUCGACCGCAGCGGCAAGCACACGCGCGCCGCGUACAAGCUCGUACGGCACUUUCGCCGCGCGCAGUACCUCGCCGACGUCGACUUCCACGUCGGCGCCGUCGACGCCUACGUCGGCGAGCGGCUCGCGGCGUCGGGCGGCCGGCCCGUCUUUGCGCGCGCGGUGCUGGACCUGCCGGCCGCGCACAGGCACGCGGCGGCGCUGGUCCGCGCGCUGCACCCCAACGCGGUGCUGGUCGUCUUCAGCCCGUCCGUCAGCCAGAUUGCCGAGUUUCAGGCCUGGGCGCUGGAGAGCGAGGGCGCGGGCCUGCAGCUGGAGAAGGUUCUGGAGCUACCGACGACGUCGACGGCCGACGGCGUGCGCGACGGCGGCUGCGGCGGCCGGCACUGGGACGUCAAGAUUGUCAAGCCCAAGCCCGCGCCCCCGGGGGAGGGCGAGGAGACGCUGCCCGGCGCGGAUGUGGCAGAGGAUGAUGGAUCGGCUGCGGUGGAGGAGCGCGAACCGGUCGUCGUCAUGCGGCCCAAGGUCGGCGGGCGUGUCGCCGGCGGUGGCUUCAUUGCCGUGUAUCGCAAGUGGCCUGCGGGAACGAGCCGCCAGCAACAGCCUGAAGGGCUCGGGACAGAAGCAGAGGCGUGA